AUGAAGCGCUGGUUUGGUUGUCUCGCGUCCACGACGGAGAGUGAAAAGAGCCCUUCAGUGAUGGUGAGGUGAGAGAAUCAGUGGCCUCGUACUCGGACAAUCGGCUGCGACAUUGUCGCAGUUCCAGACUCCGCUCGUAGAGAGCCGCCUCCAACUGCGUCACCUGGAUGCGGGGGAGAGAGAGAACAUGGGAAUGGAGUCCUCAUCAAACUUUGCAGCAUCGGACCUUGUUUUUGAGUUGUCGUUCGAAUCGGAAACAUUUUUGAAAAAAUUGGAAAUCGACUAGGAUGCUGCUGAUCAGAAGAUCAGAAGAAGAAGCGAUCGCUGGAACAAUGGCUUUAUUCGCCUGACGUUUCGGAUUCUCUCUUGAAUCCAUCAUCAGAGACAGUUGCAGAAAAGGGUGGCUAGUGUACAGGAAGUCGCAGUAUUUAUAGGAUGCGGUCGCCAUGCUACCGCAUACCUACAGCAAUUAACCGUGCUCCCUUCAUCAAGGAUUGUUGCCCGCUGGUGCGCUAAUUGCUUGAUGGCCGGCAUGCAAGUUGUUAAUUGCUGACAACUCAUCACCCGUGUUGGAUGCUGGCGUGAUGAUUGCUCGGCCAUCUGGCUCACGUGCUUGCGCGCUCCUCGAGUGGUCAAUUGCUUUGGCCAGUCUAUGCCUCAGGACAGAAUAUGGAGUGGGGAUGUCGUUGCACUUGUUGAUAGACUGAGGUCCCGUGAACCAUGACUCAAGCAACUCGCGGCUCACGCGAUUAUCCCCUCUCGCGAGAAUUUCGGCCUCAUCGAACUUGAAUGUGUGACCGGGUCUCGUCGAAUGGGCCGCGACCUGAGAGUUGGCGUCAUUUCUCCGUACAGCUGCCACGUGUUCGGCGAUUCGCGUCCGGAGCAGUCUUCCAGUUUCUCCGACGUAGUUGCUUUGUCCGCAACUGCACCAGAUCCGAUAAACGACUCCAGAUGUUUCUUGCCGUGGCAGUGGGUCUUUUGGUCUCAUCACUGUUGCUGUUGAUGAUUAUGAUGACGCUGAUGCUGCUGCUGAUGCCGAUGGUGGUGAUGAUGACUACGAGGAUGCUGACGAGGAUGAUGAUGGCGGUGAUAAUGCUGCUGCUGAUGAUGAUGAGGAUGAGGAUGAUGAUGAUUGA